CUACUUCAUUAUCUUUACUCUCUCAUCAAAUAAUUAAGUCAGUUUUCAACAAUAUUACUAUAGAUAUGUUUCCAAGCUAUUAUUCGGAGCCACUCACUCAAUUAUCAUCAUCGUCAUCAUCAAUACUAUCUGAUAAUAGCAAUCACUACUCCCCUAAUAAUAAUUUUUCUGAUGAGGAAGUUAUUAAUUUAGCUUCAAAUAACCCGAAAAAGCCAGCUGGCAGGAAGAAGUUUCGAGAAACUCGACAUCCCGUAUUCAGGGGAAUCAGGAUGAGGAAUUCCGGAAAAUGGGUUUGUGAAGUUAGAGAACCAAAUAAGAAAUCUAGAAUUUGGCUCGGCACAUUCCCUACUGCUGAAAUGGCGGCUAGAGCUCAUGACGUGGCGGCUUUAGCAUUAAGGGGCCGUUCUGCUUGCUUGAACUUUGCUGACUCUGUUUGGAGGUUGCCUAUCCCUGCUUCCUCCAACUCUAAGGAUAUUCAAAAGGCGGCCGCUGAGGCCGCCGAAAUCUUCCGACCAUCAUCAUUAGAAGAGUCGGAAGAAGUUUCAGGAGAAUGUAGCAAUACUACUACUCCUGAAACGCCAGAAAAGGCCCUCUCUAUGAAUGAGGAAGCGCAAGUGAAUAGUUUCUUCAUGGAUGAGGAAGCGCUCUUCUACAUGCCAGGAUUAAUUGCGAAUAUGGCGGAAGGACUCAUGCUACCUCUACCUCAAUGUUUAGAAAUCGGAGAUUAUGUAGAAGCUGAUGAUGCUUACAUGUCUUUAUGGAAUUAUUCAAUCUAAAUGAGGAUAUAUUUAGGAAAUUUUUAUAGUAUAUACAUACAAGUGCAGUAAUUUAGUAACAAAUGUAGACAGAGUGAGCAAGUUAAUCUAAUUAGCACCUA